AUGAUAGGCUUGAACGAUAUGAUUAGUAAUUACUACGAAGCUGCUUCGUUUAUCACUGGAUUCUCGGCUCUUCCCUGUCCGCAAGACGUGCGGAAUGUUCCAACACCAGCCAUGUGUCUUGGUUUUCCAUUGCCCCUAAAUCAGUACUACCCGGAAUACCCUCCUACCUACAAUCAGCUCACUUAUUUGCCCGAAUAUCCUCAACCAAGCUAUUAUUCGGCUGCUCCUGUUCCAGCACCUGCUUACUAUUCCACCAAUGAUGUAGCAAACCAGCCUAAUACCUCCACCCAUCUCGAAACGAGUGCCAAUGAUUCGUGGCUGGAAAACUCAACAAGUAGCGUCCAGCUCGAAGAUGAUGUCGUUUCUGUCGACGGUGAAUCCUGUACUGAUAAUCCGCAGCACUUUGUUGGCACAUUCGCCCCGUCGUACCGAGGGGCCACGCCCGUAUUGCUUUACCGUAUUCCUUCUACGGAUCUCUGCUACGUCUACAACCGGAUUAGAACUGUUGACGGUUCAAAGGGACAUUACGUUUGUAGAGAGUGCUAUUUGAAGAAGAAGUAUGUACCUGCUAAGGUGAUUGACGAUACCCACUUCGUCAAAGAUCCAAUGGCAGGAGGGCACAUCUGCAAACCAAAAAGCUUUUCAAAGGAGUUUGUGUCACGCAGUUGUGCUAGGAAGCGAUGCCAUUGUGGCGAUGAUUCAGGGAUAUCAACGAGUUUUACCUGAAGGAGUACUGUCCUACUAAGGUCAUUCUUUACAUAUCUGUUCUCACCAUUUACUUCCCAUUUACUCACUGUGCAUUUUCCCCUUUUGCGCAUGGAUUUCUAUAUUAGAUUUAUUUAGAGUUCUAACUUUCUCGUUAUUCACCUGUUAGUUAUCUUAUACUUACAUGGUGCCAUCUGCCUAGGCUUUUUUUCCUCUCUGUUA